AUGGCACCGUCGCGUCGUAUGCAAAAGCAGGGUCCGCCGCCGCCGCUGGACGAGGGUUUGCUUAACAAGAAACGGAAGCUGGCUGCUCCCACGAAGGGCUCGGUGAAGAAGCAGCGGAGAAGCGACGAUGCACCGGCACGGAAUGGCAAAGUGAACGGUAUAAGCAGGCCUUCGCAGCAGAAACCUGCCAAGAAGCCUUUAACAUCGAUGCGAAAUGCAGACCAAGAUGAGGAGGACGGUUUCGUGGACCUCGGAGGCGACGCUGUCGAUGAUCCUGAUGUCAUGGAGGACGAACUGGACGGUGUCGUCGAAGAUGGAUUGGACGGUCUUGACGACGACGACGAGACUUUCGAUAGUGAUGCGGAUGACUUCGCGAAUGCGCCGUCAGACCUGGAAGCGGAUGACGAUGUACUGGAUGACGACCAAGUCGUGCAGAAAGGCGUGUGGUCGGAGGACGACGACUCCGACGCGGAGGAGACCCUCACGGCCGCGAACAUUGCCGGCCUGUCGCGACAGCUGGACAGAGAGAAGGCGCAGGAGGACGCAGAGGCUGACGCAGAAUUGGCGGAAGACGCUAUGCAGACGAACAUUGCUCCCGCUGACCUCCCGCAGGACGACGAAGCGGAUGGUGUAAAGAUGAGAAUGCUGGCUCCGGACUUGCAGCUACUGCGUACUCGGAUUACAGAAACGGUUCGCGUACUCAGCAAUUUCAAAGAACUCCACGAUCCAGCCCGGAGCCGCGCAGACUAUACACAGGCUCUCUUAAACGACAUAAGCACCUACUACGGCUACUCGCCAUUCCUCGCUACUAAACUGUUUUCUCUCUUCCCGCCCCAAGAAGCCCUUGCCUUCUUCGAUGCCAACGAGACUCCCAGGCCCAUGGUAAUCCGCACCAACACCCUUCGCACCCACCGUCGCAAUCUUGCCCAUGCGCUUAUCAAUCGCGGUGUCACACUUGAGCCUGUUGGCAAAUGGUCAAAAGUGGGCCUGCAAAUCUUCGAGUCCCAGGUGCCGUUGGGCGCAACGCCGGAAUACCUGGCCGGUCAGUACAUUUUGCAGGCUGCGAGUUCUUUCCUGCCCGUCAUGGCGCUAGCACCACAAGAGCACGAGAGGUGUCUUGAUAUGGCCGCUGCUCCGGGUGGCAAAACAACGCAUAUGGCGGCGUUGAUGCGUAAUACAGGCUGCAUCUUUGCCAACGACGCGAACAAGUCUCGCGCGAAGGCACUAAUAGGCAACAUCCAUCGGAUGGGAGUAAAGAACACAAUAGUGUGCAACUACUCCGCCCUCGAGUUUCCGAGAGUGAUGGGUGGGUUCGACCGCGUGCUCCUUGAUGCGCCUUGCUCGGGUACCGGUGUGAUUGCGAAGGACGCCAGUGUGAAGACGCACAAAACACCUGAAGACUUCUUACGCUUGCCGCAUCUGCAGAAACAACUACUCCUCUCAGCCAUCGACUCUGUCGAUCACGCUUCCAAAACCGGUGGCUACAUAGUCUACUCCACCUGCUCCGUAACGGUGGAGGAGAAUGAGCAGGUGGUGCAGUACGUGCUCAACAAACGACCCAAUGUGCGGCUCGUGAGUACAGGGUUGGUGUUUGGGAGGGAAGGGUUUGUGAAGUAUAUGGGCAAGCGCUUCCAUCCUAGUAUGAAGGAAACGAGGCGUUUCUACCCGCAUGCCUACAAUGUUGACGGCUUCUUUGUUGCUAAGUUGAAGAAGACUGGGCCUACGCCGGUUGGGGCUGUGAGGGCGCAGGGAACUGUGGCGGAGAAGGAACGACUUGUCAACGGCGCAAGGACGGAGGAAGAAGUGCAUGGCAUGGAGGAUGGAACUGGUGUGGAGGUGGACGAGAAUGGCGAUGUUGUGGAAGAUGGGUUCGGAGGCUGGGACGAUGAUGAUGUGGAUGCGGAGUUGAUUGAGAGGAGUCUGAAAAAACAGUUGAGGAGGAAAGGUAUUGACCCGAGAGCGAAAAAGGAACAGGCGAAGGCUGUAAAGUAA